CCUCUAGCUGAAUUUUCCAUCAUCCAAAACAGAGAACCUCUUUUCCUUUACAUUUACCUUUCAUUCAUACAAGCUCAUAAGUCAAUUUUGGUUUAUCAUUCCUAGAAGAAGGAACCUUUAACCAUUGACAUGGCCAUGGCAUAUGUUGCUAGAUCAUCGGAGUCAUCUCAAGUGCUUAAUUUCCAUUCCACUGCUAAAUGGAAUGCUCACUUUGAUGCCUUGAAACAAACUAACAAACUGAUGGUGGUUGAUUUCACUGCUUCAUGGUGUGGACCUUGCAAACUCAUGGACCCAGUUAUCCAAGAGUUUGCUACAAAGUACAGAGAUGUCGAGUUUGUGAAGAUUGAUGUGGAUGAGUUAAUGGAGGUAUCUCAACAUUACCAAGUGCAGGGAAUGCCAACUUUCAUGCUGAUUAAGAAAGGCAACGUGGCUGAUAAAGUGGUGGGAGUAAGAAAGGAGGAGCUACAAAGGUUGAUUGAACAACACCGAAAAUAAAUGUGUGAUCAUGCACUCAAUAAAAUAAAAUCAGCAAGGCUCUUCACUCUUCAGCAUAUUUUACCGGGUCCUCUUGCUAGAUAUAAUCUUUCAUCGAAUCUCAACCAGAAUAUUUGACUUUCCUCCUUAUUUUAUAUCCCUAGUGCUCUUCGGGGAUGCUUCUCAUCAUGUUUUGUUCCCUCGCGGAUUCUAGUUUUGUCUAUUUCCUUUUUUUUUUUUUAAAAAAAGAAGGAAAAACCAACAACUAAUAGAAAGCUGAAUAAGUUGGUACCAUUAUUUUUAUUUUCAGCUAAAAAACAAGUGUUAUUGUUUAAUAAUCACCAUCACAAUUUAAAAUUUAUACCUAUUUGUAAUCUGUCGGUGCUGAUUUUAAGCCAUGAAUGAAAAACGACAUAAAAGGGGCACUGAUGCAUCCGAUCUCUA